AUGCCUGAGGAAGACAUGGAAUCCUUGGGAACAGAAAUCCGUCUCGUAACGUUGAACUGGCGGUCGCUGCCAAGUGAACUCCAACAAGCCGCUCUGUCUACCCUACUGCGAUAUCUGCAUCCACCGUCUUCUGCAUUGCAGGAAAGGCACACUAGUGAUCGCCUCAUCAUUGGUAUCGAAAAUUACACCAUCUAUUUAGGCGAUGUUGAUGAAAGGAAAGUGGACUACAACAAUCUGGUGGAAGAGCUCGGAUCAGCACCAUCAAAAUGCGCCUUUGUACGAUUGCGGAAUCGCAGAGGACUCGAACUCUGGAUCGUGCUCCAGCGGAAACCGCUGAGCACUACAACAAGGACGCGUUUUACGAUGAACUCAAUGCGUUGA